AUGGAUCUGGGUCAUGUUCUCCACCUCCUUAUUCCCUCAUGGAACUCUGUUGCUAUACUCGCAUUGUUCUUUGCUUACUUGGCCAUUGCUGGAUCUAUAUUGCCCGGCAAAGUUGUUCCCGGAGCCACCUUACCAGAUGGCUCUCGUCUUCAUUAUCGCUGCAAUGGUCUGCUAUCACUUCUGUUGCUGGUUGGGCUUCUUGGGUUUGGUGCUAAGAUGGAUUUCGUAUCACUUACCGCAAUAUCAGACAGAGGAUUUGAGCUGUUAUCAACAACUUUUCUGUUUAGUGUUCUGGUCACACUGGUACUUUACGCUGCUGGCUGCAAGUCAAGCAACCAAGGUUCUUCCCUAAAGCCUCAUGUGACAGGGAACCUUCUACAUGACUGGUGGUUUGGAAUACAGCUUAAUCCUCAGUUUAUGGGCAUCGACCUCAAAUUUUUCUUUGUUAGAGCUGGAAUGAUGGGCUGGCUUUUUAUCAACCUUUCGGUUCUUGCGAGAAGUAUACAAGAUGGCACCUUGAGUCAAUCCAUGAUCCUCUUCCAGUUGUUCUGUGCGUUAUACAUCCUGGACUACUUUUUUCAUGAGGAGUACAUGACCUCCACAUGGGACAUAAUUGCAGAGAGACUGGGUUUCAUGCUUGUAUUUGGAGAUCUAGUGUGGAUUCCUUUCACUUUUAGCAUCCAGGGAUGGUGGCUUCUGAGUAACAAGGUGGAGUUAGGAACAGCUGCUGUUGUAGCAAAUUGUUUGACUUUUCUGAUCGGGUACAUGGUAUUCAGAGGAGCCAACAAGCAAAAGCAUGUCUUUAAGAAGAAUCCUAAAGCACCUAUAUGGGGUAGGCCUGCAAGGGUCAUUGGGGGAAAGUUGCUUGCUUCUGGUUAUUGGGGAAUUGCAAGGCACUGUAAUUACCUUGGGGACUUGUUACUUGCACUGUCUUUCAGUUUGCCGUGUGGGAUAAGUUCCCCAGUUCCAUACUUCUAUCCAAUUUAUCUUCUCAUUCUGCUCAUAUGGAGAGAAAGAAGAGACGAAGCUCGUUGUGCAGAGAAGUACAAAGAAAUCUGGGCAGAAUACCGCAAACUUGUCCCAUGGAGAAUAUUGCCUUAUGUUUAUUAA